CCAAAAUCUUAAAUAAUAAUUAAAAGAAUUUCCAUAGGAAACACAUCCGAAAUUGACACAAUAUGACUCGAUAGCAUUUUAACCCGUUCAUCUAAUACAUACAAAUAAUUAACAAAUUUCCAAGCAUGACUAGUGUGAUCAAACCAUUAGAAAAUAUUUGUAAAUACAGUUACACGAACAUGCAUAUGCAUAUUAAUACGUAUACCCAACGCCCACUGGAAAACUGUUGAUAAGUAUUAACAUCGACAUGUUCAAAAUUGGUAGAAGUUCAACUAAUAAUAUUAAGAGCCGUGAUACCUUUCUUGCAUAAAACACUAAAAUAUUCAUACUUUAGCCACCAUAAUUAUCUUUAUAUCCAACGGAAGCGUUAUUAAUUUGACUUCUGAGUUGUUUUAUUUGCAACAAUGACGUGGCAUACAUAAUACUGAACAGAAUUCCGUAAACAUAACAUAAUUCGCAGGAAAUGUUCCAGGCACAAGUACUCCAAAUUUUUAAAAUGCACAUCAAAGUUGGUCAGUUUUUGAAAUGCAUUCCGUUUGAGUAUUAUGAUACGUCUGGAAAAUUAUUAAAGAGUGAGUCAGCAGAGCAACUGCAAUUUUUCAAGUUCCAAUCCAUAAUCUCAGCGCUUUACGCUGUGACAAUGUUUGUAAACGUCUUCGUGGGACCACUGACGUUAACCGGAAGAUUUCAAGGUCUAACGUUUUCCCUUAUUUAUGCAAUCGCCGCAGUGUCAGGGUGGAACUACCGAAUGGACAUAAUUCCAGCUCAAGUUAUCAACUUCUUCCUCCAGUUUGAAGAAAAAGUGAUAAAAGAAUUACCGUCGCAAGGGAUUUCCUUUCUAACCAAAGCAUUGAAAAUUGUCGUCGUUCUUUGUGAAUUCUCCGUCGUAACGGUCCCAAUCCUUGAAUUUAUUUUGUUAUCAUUUGCACCAUGCAUACCACCCUUCAUGUUAUCAAUGAUGUCGAACUGUACAACCCUUCAGACGAAUGCAUCAUGGCAGAUUCAAGGAAUGCAAUUGGUUAUCCAUCUGUUUGAAGCGUGGGUAGGGUUACUUACCCUCGAGGGCCCUCGCUUCAGGUUGUACCUGGAUCAUAUACAUCGGUAUUGUGUGUGUGACUUGCAUUCUGAGUUAUAUUCGGGUAUUAGAUAGGUAAGUAUUUGGAUCAAUAACGUACUUGUCCAACAGAGAAAAUCGAUGAUAUAUAAAUAUACAUAUGUAUGCACACUUAAUUACAAAUAUCAACUAUGUAUUUUAUAACUAUUAAAUUAUUUUAGUGAGAUUACGAAAAUUGGGAACAGCGCCGAUAUCCGGAAAUGCGUCCACUUCUUCCAUUCUAUCAAAAUCUUGGAGAAAUCAUGCAACGCGAUGAGCCUGCUUUUCCUCGGCCUCGUUUUGGGCAUUCCGGGCAUCGAAAUCGUGACACUGUUCGUUGCAGUAAAUUUGCAUAACGAGAUCAUUAUUAUUCAUUAUGCCUGGAUUUCUUGUGUUCCCUUUACUCGCUUUUGAUGCUGUAUUGGUGAAUAUUUUGUCCUUCGGCGUGGCUGGCUUGGUCCACACUAGGUCUGAAAAUUUAAUUGAACGCAUUUCCGAGAAAGUGAUGUGGUUGGAGAAGAGAUCGCUGUUGAAGAGAGAGCUGAGGGCCUUGCAGCCCUUGAAGAUUCAUUUUGGGUCGAAUUUCGUGGAUCGGGGGACUCCAUUAGUAAUGCAGAGCUUCUGUUUAAAUAGAACUAUGACCCUGACGCUUAUCCGAAGUCGACAUGUGCGAAAGUAGUAACUUAACGGUAGCAUUAUAAUUAUGUAUGCAAAUAUAUAACUC